UUUGUGCUUGUUUGUUUUGUUUUGCAAAAGGCUGUUUAUGAUUUUUAGUGGUGCUUUCUUCAGUUGCUUACACUCCUCUUAAUCAACAAGCACCUCUGCGAAAGCAGCAGCGACAGCAGCAGCACAGGGACCAAGAAGGGGACAGCCUGGUGUCAUGACCAGGACGAGAGAGCCCAGGAACGAGGGAGGAUGCUGCGGAUCCGUCGCAAACUACCUCACCUCUGCAAAAUUCCUUCUCUACCUUGGCCAUUCUCUAUCGACUUGGGGAGAUCGGAUGUGGCACUUUGCUGUGUCCCUGUUUCUGGUGGAGCUCUAUGGAAACAGUCUUCUCCUGACGGCCGUCUACGGGCUGGUGGUGGCUGGCUCUGUUCUGGUCCUAGGAGCCAUCAUUGGCGAUUGGGUGGACAAGAAUGCCAGGCUUAAAGUGGCCCAGACUUCAUUGGUGGUGCAAAAUGUUUCAGUCAUCCUGUGUGGAAUUAUCCUGAUGAUGGUUUUCUUGCAUAAAAAUGAGCUUCUGACCAUGUACCAUGGAUGGGUUCUUACUUCCUGUUAUAUCAUGAUCAUAACAAUUGCAAAUAUUGCAAAUUUGGCCAGUACAGCUACUACAAUCACAAUACAAAGAGAUUGGAUUGUUGUUGUGGCAGGAGAAGACAGAAGCAGAUUGGCAGAUAUGAAUGCUACAAUACGAAGAAUUGAUCAGUUGACCAACAUCUUGGCACCCAUGGCAGUUGGCCAGAUUAUGACGUUUGGCUCCCCAGUCAUUGGCUGUGGCUUUAUUUCAGCAUGGAAUUUGGUUUCUAUGUGUGUGGAGUACUUUCUGCUCUGGAAAGUUUACCAAAAAACCCCUGCUCUAGCUAUGAAAGCUGCUCUUAAAGUAGAGGAAGCUGAAUUGAAGCAACUGAAUAUACACAAAGCAGAAACUGAGCCUAAACCCCUGGAGGGAACUCAUCUAAUGGGUGAGAAAGACCCUGAUGUCCGUGAGCUUGAACGUGAGCAAGAGCCCAGUUGUGCCUCUCAGAUGGCUGAGCCCUUCCGCACCUUCAGAGAUGGUUGGAUCUCCUAUUACAACCAGCCCGUGUUUCUGGCAGGCAUGGCUCUGGCUUUCCUCUAUAUGACUGUCCUCGGCUUCGAUUGUAUCACCACGGGCUAUGCCUACACUCAGGGGCUGAGCGGAUCCAUCCUCAGCAUCUUGAUGGGAGCAUCUGCCAUAACGGGAAUCAUGGGGACUGUCGCAUUUACUUGGCUUCGUCGAAGAUGUGGCCUAGUUCGGACAGGACUCAUCUCCGGAUUUGCACAGCUCUCCUGCCUCAUCUUAUGUGUGGUCUCAGUGUUCAUGCCUGGAAGCCCCUUAGACUUAACGGUUUCUCCUUUUGAAGAUACCCGUUCUAGAUUCAUCGACGUAGAUUCCCUUCCUGCUGCCAUCUCUACAGAAACACCUGAAAUGACCCUUACAACCGAAAUGCUCACAACGAAUGGGUCUGACCCUACAGUUUUCUCCGCGAUGAGUGCUAAGUCUGAGUCCUUGAUCUCUGUCAGCCUGCUCUUUGCAGGUGUCAUUGCUGCUAGAAUCGGUCUUUGGUCCUUUGAUUUAACUGUGACACAGUUGCUGCAAGAGAAUGUGAUUGAAUCUGAAAGAGGCAUUAUAAAUGGAGUACAGAACUCCAUGAACUACCUACUUGAUCUUCUUCAUUUCAUCAUGGUGAUCUUGGCUCCGAAUCCUGAAGCUUUUGGCUUGCUUGUAUUGAUUUCAGUCUCCUUUGUGGCAAUGGGUCACAUCAUGUAUUUCCGAUUUUCCCAAAAAACUCUUGGCAACCGGUUAUUUGUCUGUGGCCCUGAUGAAAAAGAUGCUACAAUUGAAAACCAAACCAACACAUCUGUUGUGUAAAGCAGUUUUAACUGAAGCUUUCCCUGUUACUAGAUUAUAUAGAGCACAUUUGCUUAGUUCACACUUCAAAA